AUGGUUCGACUCAUAAGCUAUAUAGAAGCUUCAGCUAGUUGUCUUUUUAACGGUCGCUUUGUAUUUUCCGUAGCCAAAACCUUAAAUCUUAGUGCUUUGGAAGGCAAUUUGAAUCCUGUCUGCACAGAUAUUGAGCUUGCUGCACCGGGAUUGAUGAGUCAGCAUGCAACCUUUUUAUCAUACAGAGGAAUGAAUUCCUUUAAGGUAAUAGUUGGUGUUGCACCAAAUGGAGUCAUUACUAAUGUCAGUCGGCUGUAUGCAGGUUCUAUUUCAGACAAGGCCAUUGUGCAACAGUCUGGACUCCUUAAUCACUUGACAGCUGGAGAUAUGAUUCUGGCGGACAAGGGUUUCCUUAUCCAGGAUGUUGUACCACAUGGUGUCUGUGUCAAUAUUCCACCUUUUCUGAAUAAUGGAACUUUCACAGAGAGUGAGGUCAAGAAAACAAAAGCCAUAGCUAAAGCACAGAUUCAUGUCGAAAGAGCCAAUGCUAGGCUGAAAGACUUCAAAAUUUUAGGCUUCAUUCCUUCGUAUUUGCGCUGCUAUGCCGACGUUUUGUUUCAGUUAUGUGCAACACUUGUAAAUUUGCAAUUUCCUCUCAUCAAAGAGGGAUGCGAAGAUAUGGUUUUUGAGUAGUUUUAUGCUUGAAGACUACA